UGGCCACGAUUUCUGAUGUUGUCUAGGCAACCUCGGGGAGGGGGACCUCCAUCCCCGCCUCUUAUCCCUUCCCUUCCCUCCUCAGACCCCGGAGUGACGCGACUGAUGGGUGCUGGGCCUGGGGGGAUGGAGGUUCUGCUUUCCCAGGCCCGCCCCAGGAGGAGAUGGCCACCUUCUCUAGGUCUGCAGACUGUGCUGAGACCCCCACCCUCUUGUCUCCCUGGCUAUGUACUUCUCUGUCCCAGAGACCCUCCCCCCGACACAGGCACAGACACUCACCUGAGGCCAUACUGCCGGAACCCGGAGGGGCGGGAGACGGACCUCGGCGGACCUCGGCGGACCUCGGCCGCUGAACUAGCCUCGAAGACCCCGGGGAGUCCCGACUUCCAGCUGUCUGCUCAGGAGGCGAGCAGGCCACGUGCUCCCCAGAGAGCAGGACCCGGAACUCGUCUGUGCUUCUCUCAACACUCUCUGGGUGUUCAGGAUCGGACUAUCGUAGCUGGACUGUGGUGGAGUCACGCAACAGGUGCGACCCCACCGAAGCCUAGCCAGCGCCUCAGGGCGUCUCAGCCGCCCCAGGCCCCACUGUGCCCGAGGCCCCGCCCCCUCCGGGCAGGCCCCGCCCCCGCCGUGUUCCUCUUCCCCUCGCCACGUGGGCAGCCGCCACUCCGCAGUUAGCCAGGCGGGUCUUGGGCAAGCGUUGUGCGUCAGCUUCCUCAUCAGUGAAAUGGGGCGGUGUAAUUGCACUCAAGGGAGUUGUUCUGAGCAUGAAACGUUAAGCACCUUUGCACGAUACCUGGCACAAAGUCGAUGGCCCAUAAAAGAUAACUAAUAUUG